AACAAAUAAAUCACAUUUGCAUGAAUUUCCUUUUUUCCUUUUUUUUCUUUUCUUUUUAUUUUUGGUUCUACUUUGUUUCUCUUUACGAUGCAUCCUUCGGAUUUUGGUUCUUCUAGGCAGCCUAGAACAACACCUUCUAAUAUGGAUCCAAACAAACCACUUGAUAGUAAGUUCAUGUCAUAAUAAAUUACAUGGUCUUAUUUCCUUAUAUAGUAAAUAGACUAAGUACUUGGUAUGAAGACUCUGAAGAGUAUGAAGGUAAUCUUGAAGAAAUGGCCACUGCUAACCUAGAUCAGUCUUUUCAAGACGAAUUACAACAUGUCAACCAAUGGUUUGGCUUUUUGACAGAUGCAGAGAAAACUGCAGCACUUUAUACCUUAUUACAACAUUCAUCCCAGGUACAGAUCAGAUUUUUCAUUCAUAUGUUACAAGACAUGAGAAGACCAAAUCCAUUAACUCGAGGUUCCGAAAGAGCAUCUAAUAUCAUGAACUUGAGCAAUAGAAGGUUAUCUUCUAUCAACCAACAACAAAGCCGAGUGAUGAAUAACAGACAUUCGUUUGCAUUGGGUGAUACACAAGAACUAAGUCGUAUUUUUGGUUCUAUGGGAUCAAGCUGGCUCAAUACAGACGAAGCCCAUGCUUUACCCCCGAGACCUACCACAAGUGUAUCGAGAACACCUAGUCAUUUACGCCCAAAAUCUGUCAUGGAACUUGGAGGCACAUCAUCAUUUUCUAACUCUUGGCUAAAUCAACGUCAGCCCAACAUGUUUACUACACCAGAAAUUCAACCUGCUAUUGAACGACCUCGCUCGGCUGAUAUUUCAUCAUGGAAUCUACCUUCUUCCUCUUCAUCACAACCACCUUGGAAGCCAUUAGGUAAUCAGCAUGACAUUGAUUUCCAACCACAAUGGAGAGACAAUCCUGUCAUUCAACACUCACAACCCGCCACUCAUUUCCCAACUUUGGACGAUACAAAAAAACAAGCCAUGCCAACAAGACAGACGAAUUAUGGACAGUAUUUAGCAGCGCCCAAAGCCAUGCGUUCCACGUCUAUAGAUAACAAUGAUGGGCUUUUAGGAUACGGGAGUGAUCCUGGUGAUUCUUCCCGAUAUCGAUCAACACCUGCUGCCAAUAUUUCGCUACAUGGGAAGCCUAAAUCAGCGCAUGAAGAAGUAGUGGAUAUAGAGCUAUUAAAAGAUGUUCCUGCUUGGUUCAGAAGUAUGCGCUUACAUAAAUACAACAAUAUAUUUGAGAAAAUGAAAUGGCAAGAUAUUGUUAAAUUAAAUGAUCAAGAACUUCAAGAAAAAGGUGUAGCUGCUCUGGGCGCAAGACGAAAGAUGCUUAAAGUAUUUGAAAGUAUAAGAGACUAUUGUCGAGCGCAUCAAAUUGACUAUUAAAAGAAUAUAGAUUGAACAUGUACAAGAUCCAAUUUAUUUUAAAAUUCUACAAUUUUUUUUCUCAAUAAAGAAAAGCAUCAUAAGCGAAUUUAUUUCUUGCCAGCAGCAGCGAGAGCGGCUUCAGUACCCUUCUUAGCGAAACGCUGGUUACGGAGGAACUUGGCAUCCAAACUCUUUUGAGAUCGGUACUUGUGAG